GCAAAAGAGUCGAAAUAUAUGUACUUAAAAGUCAAAGGCUUUAAUUUACUAGAUCCAAAUCAAAGCUUGAUCUAGACACAGAGAAAAACAUGGUGCUGAAAGUAUAUGCCGAUCGACUCUCCCAACCAUCUCGUUCUGUUCUCCUCUUCUGCAAGAUAAUUGGGAUCGACUUUGAGGAAAUCCAAGUAGAGGUCUUGAAAAAUCAGCGAUUCUCCCCUGAAUAUAAGGCAAUAAAUCCCAUGUCUCAAGUUCCAGCCAUAGUUGAUGGACACUUGAAGCUGUUUGAGAGUCACGCCAUUCUAAUCUACUUAUCAUGUUCAUUUCCCGGUGUUGCUAAUAAUUGGUAUCCUAGUGAUGUAUCCAAAAGAGCUAAGAUCCACUCUGUUUUAGAUUGGCAUCAUUCCAAUUUACAUCGUGGUUCAGUUGGACUUAUUUUGAACACUAUCAUGGCACCCAAAGGGUUCCCUUCAAGCCCUCAAGCAGCUAAAGAAGCUGAGAAGAUACUCAUGAAAUCUUUGAAUAAAUUAGAAACAUUUUGGUUAAAAGAUGGAAGCUUUUUGGUUGGAAGCUCCAAACCAUCGAUUGCAGAUAUCAGUUUAGUAUGUGAUAUCAUGCAACUUCAGCUUUUGAGUGAUAAGGAUUUUGAUCGGAUAUUAAGCCCUUACAAGAAAGUUCUUCAGUGGAUCCAAGAUACAAUAUCUGCAACUGCACCUCAUUUUCAUGAAGUUCAUGGGCUUCUCUUUAAAGCCCAGAAAAGAAUUCGAGGGCAGAUGCUAACACAAUCCGAGAUUUUUUGUGCAUUUAGUAAAAUUUGACACAUUUGCUGCUAAGUGCUAACACUACUCUACUCGUAAAGCGAGACUUGAAAUCUAACCCUAUGGCUGGAGGGCACAUUUUCCACGUUUAAGAAUUCAGAUCUCAAAGGAAGAAAAAUUGUUAACUUAUCUGACAAAAAAAAAAAAAAAUGCUCCGCAUAAACUCUUAUGAAAAAUGUUAUUACAGAAAUUUUGUCUGGCUUUUUAGAUAUAAGAAAACCAAAUCGGACACAAAACAA